GCUUCACACUGGAAGUGAAAUGUGGAAGCGCAACUGAAUGACAGAGGAACGACCAACAUCUGCAGAUUUAGAUUUAUUUUGACCAUACGGCAUUUUUCUGUGGCCAGAACCAGGAAUGGCGGCCUACACAUUGUGUCUCUGUAUUGCUGCCAGUCUCCUUUUUACUCAGCCAACAUCUGCCAAAAACGAUGCUCCCUGUCUGCCCGGAAAGUGGAACAAUGCCGCUCAAACCUUCAUCAAGCGCCAUCUUCCCAAAGGGACUCCGAUUUCUCUGGACCAGAAUGAGUGGGAAAAGUUCAUCAAGUCUCUAGGCUGUGACAGACCCACGCAGUCGUUCCUCCACCCAGAUGAGCUGGAGAAGGUGAAAUCUGUGUGCUCCAGCAGAGGAGGGAAGGUGCUGAAAGAAAACCUGUGCAUCAGUAAGCAGCCAUUUAGUUUUGUGACGGUGAGGAGCGUCCAGGGAACCUGCGGGAUCAAGAGCAUCACGCAGGAAAACAAACAUCUGAUCCUCGCCUGCGAGGUGUUGGAGAAUCAGUGUGUCCCGGUCCACUUUGAGGGAAACUCCAAGGAUCAAAAACCCAGUAACAACGCCAAAGACUGCCAGGACCCUCAGACCAGAGGCCAGGCUCCCACCUUCAAAGUGACACCCCUCUGGUUGUUUGCGUGUAUGCUUAUUUUUUAUGCGUUCUGACUUUUUCGAAGGACAUUUGGAGGAACUAGAUGAGACUGAGAUUUUUAUCAGAGGGUAAUUUUACUUUGAGUUGUGGUUUUUGAUUUUAAAACAGUGUUGCAUCAUAAUUGCAUAAGCCAAAUAUAUUUCUUUCAAUUUUACCUGUCCUCAGGUAUUUGCAUGUGUUUUCAGUCCAUUUCUGAGCUCGUUUUUCUAUAAUCAUUUAUUGCCAUAAUGUUCAAGUUAUAUCAGCCAUUUCAGUAAUAAAAAGCUAAUUUUUGUUCUGCGGGCCCAAAACAAAAAUUUGGGGGCCGCAAAAAUUUUAGUUUUUGCUGGCCCAAAAUUUCUUGUUUCUUUUAAGCAAGAGAAACAAGAAAUUCCAGGGUGCAAAACCUGUUUAUUAUACCAAUAUCAGGAUUUUAAAAUAUAUUAGAAUCAUGUCAGUCAAAUGUAUUUUCAAAACAUUUCAAUUUUAUUUAAUUUUAACAUUUCAUUUGAGACUAUAUGCCGUGUUUGCAUGUGUUUUCAGUCAGUCAGCUUUAUGUGUUGCACAAUCUAAUUUGUCCUGUGUUCUUUGCGAGUAAAAAUAGAUACAGUUUUGAUAUAAAAUGGAUUUAAAUUGGAAUCAUUUUAAAAAUGCAAACAGACUGUUUAUUAAAAGUGUUUUCUUGA